UGAAGUUGGGAAGCUCUGCUGUCGUGGCCGCACCGAUCGCAGUCCCGGCGCUCAUGUGCACAGUGAUCUUUCCCAGAUGAGAAGGCAUGGUAAGAACGACUGGCAGCGAUAUUCCCUUUCCUUUCUUUGUCCUCUCCCUCUCUCAAUUAUCAUCCACAUCCCAGUAUCUAACACAGUCCUCUCGCCAUGCAGUCGCAACCGAGGCCAAGUGGAAGGACUCGUAUGAGGGUCAUAACAAACAGUUUCGCGGUCACCAGAGUACCUACAGUCGUACUCUUCCAGUACGAUGUUAUCUCUCCUACUCUCAAGCCAGACAAUCCUCGGAGACGUAGCGAAAUUAUCGAUAAAAUGCAACUGACGAAUGCCAACAUUUUCCCUCGACGUGGAAUGUACGAUGGCAAGAAUAUAUUCUAUACAAUCGGUUACAAAGUUGAGAAUAUGACUAUCCCUGUGCAGCUUAAUAAAAGUGAUAAGACGCCAUACAUAGUUAGACUUACGAAUACCACCUAUAUUGACUCGAAGUGUGCCUUCCAACCACUAACAUUCUUUCCGUCACGCUUCAUUGACGUACAUGCCUACCAUUAUAGCACGCUGAAUGACAUGGUCUCUUCGAAUGGUAGAGCCUACCGGCAAGGAGGGGAUCAGAAUCAAGCCGCAAUCAAUGCUUUGCAAUUGAUUGUGAGGCAAGCUGCCAAUAUGCGGCAUGGUUUCCCUCUCCAAGCCAAGUCUUUCUUCACAAAGGACGGUGCUAAGGAGCUGGGCGGAGGCCUUCAAGCCUGGAGAGGCUACUUCCAGAGUGUUAGACCUGUGUUAGGAAGACUGUUGGUCAAUGUCGAUGUAACUCAUUCUGCAGUUGUUAAAGCCGGUCCUCUCCUUGAUGUCGCCAUGGAGUUCUGUAACUUUAGGGACAUUCGGGAUCUUGCAGCACUUCCUACCGAUCCCAACCCCCAAAGAUGGCUCAAGCUGCAGCGCUUCUUGAAGGGGGUCCUUAUUAAACCUGGGUCCCAAUUUGCCAAGUGGAGUAAAGGAAGGCCUAUCAGGGCACUCAUACCCAAUGCAGGUGGAUAUGAGUUUCAUGUGAAUGGGCAGCCCACAACUGUGAGGCAAUAUUUCCAACAGAAGUACAACUUUGCAUUGCGAUACUCCACAGUGUUUGGCAUUCAGAUAGGCAAGGAUGCUGUGUUUCCAGCUGAGGUCUGUACUAUCACCCCUGGACAACUUUACAAGAAGAAGCUUUCAGAAGAUCAGACAAAGAGUUUUGUCAGUCUGGCUGUUCAGAAACCACAUCAGCGCUUGGGUAGUAUUGAGUCUGCUGUUUCUGGUGAUAGACAACUGCUUGACUAUCAACAAUCUGACUUCUUGGCUACUGCUGGCAUGGUGAUUUCUACAAGGCCACUUGAAGUAGAAGGUCAUGUCUUGACCCCUCCACAAGUUCUAUUUGGUGGAAGGCAAGCUUCACCAAUCAACAAUGGUGCCUGGAAUGUCAUGGGCAGACAGUUUCUUACUCCAAAGAAAAUUGACAAGCUGAUGGUGCUUGUCUGUGUUGAUCCAAGUGAGAGACAGGCAGUGGAGUACUUCACCAAAGCUCUGGUUGGUAAUCUCACAAAGCUGGGAAGCUAUGCUGGGGGUGCACCUUAUUUUCAUAUUGCUAAUCUUCAGAAUAUGAGAAAGACAUUGGAAGAAGUUCACAAGAUGCAACCUGGCUUUGUUCUUGUGAUCUUACCAGCUUCAGCUGCUAUACCUAGAAGAUAUAUCAAGUUCUGGAGUAGUGUCAUCUCGGGCAUACCUACUCAAUGUGUGAGAAAGGGCAAAUAUGACAGUGGCAAGGGUUUAGAUCAGUACUGCAACAAUGUUGCUUUGAAGAUGCAUGCCAAAUAUGGUGGAAUCAACAGUGUGGUUUAUGCUCCCAUCAUGGACAAGUUAAUGGGUACAAUGAUCAUUGGAUGUGAUGUCAGCCAUCCUGCCCCUGGUGUCAAUAAUAGACCCUCCUUUGCAAGCAUGGUUGCCUCUGUUGAUAGGUUUGCUUCAUAUUGGACCUCUGCAAUUGAGCUUCAGAAACCCAGACAAGAGAUCAUUGAGGCUAUUGGGCCCAUGUUUCAGACUCUGCUAAAUGCAUUUGUUGCAUUUCCAGAGAAUCAGGGCCGUUGUCCUCACACUGUCAUUGUGUAUAGGGAUGGUGUCUCUGAAGGAGAGUAUGAGACUGUAGCUGCUGCAGAAUAUGAUCAGAUCAAGAGAGUGCUCCAAAGCAAGGAGAUAACACGAAAUACCAAGGUUGUUUUCAUUAUUGUGACCAAGCGACACCAUACUCGCUUCUUCCCAGAGAGAGGUGCUGGUGACAGGUCUGGCAACUGCCCUCCAGGAUUUGUAGUCGAAGACCAGAUUGUACACUCCGCAAUUCCAGACUACUAUCUGCUGUCUCAUUCCGGCAUCAUUGGAACAAGUCGUCCUAGUCAUUAUAUCGUCCUGAGGAACGAUGCUCAAAUGACACAACAACAGUUGCAAGAACUAUCGUUCAAUCUCUGUCACUCCUAUGCGGCUGCUACUCGUUCAGUUUCCAUUCCCACCCCCGUCUAUUAUGCUGAUCUGCUGUGUGGGCAUGCUGAUUAUCACUUCAGCCCUGAUGAAGUCGCGAAUCUUGACGACGAUAGUAGUACGAACACCAGCAAUCAAGACUUCAAUCUCGAGCAAUGGCAAACCGUCUUCAAGAGAGGCAGGAGCCAGAAAUCCCUCUAUUUCUUGUAAUCAGAUCUCGCAUGAAGAUAACUAUGUAUCCCAGUACGAAAGUCUGUAUCUAUAGGUUGAAUGUAUGAUACCCAGUUAUGUACAGGUAGUUCUAUCUCUGUAGCGGAAUCAAUUGACCGAAGUUCGAACUGGAAUAACGUUCAUGAGCGCGU